CCUCAACCUCUUUAUCUGAAACAUCUGAACCGGAAAUCGGUCUGAACGGUGAAACAACGCGGAAGAAGUUGCUCCACCGCAAAGCAUGCUGGACAUGUCUGUCUCUCUGUCUGCAAAGAGAGACAGGAUCCAGCGACAGGUGGAGCAGCUGGAACAGAGUCUGUCUGCAACACACACUGAACUGGAGCUGCUGAGCAGUGAGACAGGUGAUGAAUCAGAUGGUGAUGAUGCAGAGGAAGAGAGACAGUGUGCUGCAGGUCUGUUGGCUCAGAGGAAGAAGAUCCAGAAUGAGAUCCAGAACCUGGAGGAAGUCCUGGGUCAACAUAGUCCCGUCUGUGUGUCAGAUGAUGAUGACGACGACGACAGCAUCAGCAGCGAGGAGAGUGAGCUGGGUCUGUCUCCGUCAGCAGACUCGUGUCUUCAGAUGAACCUCGUCUACCAGCAGGUGGUUCAAGAGACCCUGGACCAGCUGGAGACAUUACUGACAAACAACCACAGACAGCAGAAGGAGCUUGUGUCUCAGCUGUCUGGACCAAUCAGAGAGUCCUCCAGGGAACGGCCCGUCCAUCCCUCCUGCCAGCAGCCAAUCAACAUGUACCUGGGCCGCUUUCUCAAACCAUACUUUAAGGACAAACUGACAGGACUGGGUCCUCCAGCCAAUCAAGAGACAAAGGAGAAGGCCAGCAGGAUGACUGGUUGUCUGGACGACAAGAAACUGAAAGUAAAACGAUGGGAGAGCUGGCAGAAGACUCUGUUAUUCCACUCAGUUACCAGAGACAGUCUGAGGAGGCUCAUCCAACCUAAACUAUCCAAGGUGGACUAUCUGAGCCAGAAGCUGUCCAGAGCAGCGGAGACAGACAAGCAGCAGCUCAGACAGCAGAUGGACAGUCUGGAGAGAGACAUCGAGCUGCUCAGAGCGAAGAAGGACAACGAGCUUGUUGGUGGUCGAUACGAUGAACACGAUUGGCCGAAGAUUUCUAAUAUUGAUUUUGAAGGGACGAGGGAGGCUGAGGACAUCUACAGCUUCUGGCAGAACUUCCUCCACCCGUCCAUCAGCAAGAGGAAGUGGAGUCAAGAGGAGGUGCAGCAGCUGAAGGAGGUCAGCAGGAGACAUGGAGAGAGACACUGGGACACCAUCGCUUCAGAGCUGAGGACGGGGAGGACGGCCUUCCUGUGUCUCCAGACGUUCCAGCGGUUCGUCUCAGACUCGUUGAAACGAGGCAUUUGGACUCCGGACGAAGACGUUUUGCUCAGAGAGCUCGUGGACAAGAUGAGAAUCGGGAACUUCAUCCCCUACACACAGAUGAGUUACUUCAUGGAGGGGCGAGACCCGGCUCAGCUGAUCUACAGGUGGAACCAGGUGUUGGACCCGAGUCUGAAGAAAGGCUUCUGGACCAAAGAGGAGGACCAGCUGCUGCUGCAUGCCGUGUCUCGUUUUGGUGAGAAGGACUGGUGGAAGAUCCGGUUUGAGGUUCCUGGACGCACUGACACCAGCUGCAGAGACAGGUAUUAUGACUGUCUGAAGGCAGAGACAAAGAGAGGACCGUUCGACCAACAGGAGAAGGAGCUGCUGCUGCUGCUGGUGGAGAAACACGGCGUCGGUCGUUGGGCGAAGAUUGCUGCAGAGAUUCCUCAUCGUUACGACGCUCAGUGUCUGAGAGAGUGGAGGAGACUGAGCAAACCACCACAACCUCCUCAUCUUAAGAAAGCUAAAACCACUAGAAAGACUUCAGGUGGAAAGAAGAAGAAGAAACCGACUUGUCCCGCCAGGAAGAGAAACGGGAGACGACGGGUGACCUUGAAGGAGGAGAGCAGCGAGGAGGAGGAGGAAGUGGAGUACAUGGACAGUGAUGAAGAGAAGAAUACAAAGACGAAGGAGGAGGUAGUGCAGAGUACUGAGGAGGAGCAGGAGGAGUACGCUUUCCCCUCCAUGCAGGACUGGAUUCCAGCAGAAAAAGCACAAUGUUUCACCUUCCUGAGCUUCCGACCGGUGGAGUUACCUUCUUCUGGACUCGCCCACAACCAGGUUCCGGUCCGGUCCACCAUCCUGGGCCAGUUUGGACGCUCCGUGGUCCUGGGACCUAGUCCCAGAGAGCUGCUAUGGACGGAAUGCCGUGGCAGCAGCACCAUGAUGAUGGUGUCACCUGAACAGCUCCGAGCCCACCUGCACCGCCAGGUGGACAAGUACAGCAACCGGAGCUCCGGCCCCCCCCCGAGGAAGAUCCAGACCGACAAGCGGAGCCCCCUAAGCCGGGUAACAGACCCGGGUCUGAUCUACGAGCUGCAGGCCGCCAUGACGCCGUGGAUUGGUAACGUGCUGAUCUCCCAAGAGCACCGAGCAACGUCAGCCGAGGCCCUAAGGGAGCGGGGAGGCACCACCCGGCUCCUCUCCACCACGGUCUUCCUGCUCUUCCUCCAGACCAUGAACGUGGACGCUAUGGGCUGUAAGGAGAUGAUCGAGCAGAGGAGGAAUCGGGUCCUGGUCUUCGAACCGCCGUCUCCGACUCCCGACUCCUCCUUCCUGCACAACACCGUGGCAGGACUUCUGCAGCAGAAGAGACUCAUGAAAGAGGAGCAGCAGCACAAACUGAUCCUGAACCAGCUUCAGGUGCUGCAUCAACCUCAGUUGCCCCCUAACAUGCAUCCUAGGAUGUCUUCCGUGUCCUUUCCUCAGGCUGUCUUCAUUCCUCAUCCUGUCUCACAACCUCUCUCGCCGUCCAUCCGGCUCAUAAACCCGUGUCCUCCAGCUCCACACCGACCUCCUCCUGUGGGGGUCCUGACCUCCCUGUUACCUGCACACUCUUCUCCUCAUGCCCCCCCUGCCUCCGUGGUCCCAGUGACCCUGAAGGCCACAUCCACCUGCUCUGCUGCUUUCCGUCAGGAAGCUCUGCCUUUGACUCAGAACCUGAUGGUUGCUUUGCCCUGUUCCGCCAAUCCUGGUCCUGCCCCCAGUCCAUCAAGCCUCAUCUCAAGGUCCCCCAAAGGGAGGGGGAAAAAGGUAGCAGAGGAUCAGAGAGGGGGGGUUGUGGGCGGAGAAAAUAAUGGUGAGGGAGGAGCAUGUGAUCGUCUGAUCAGAGAGAGAGAAGGACGGAGGAUUCGGAAGCCAAGUCUGAAAGCCAGAGCUCUGCAGGAAGCCAGUGAGGCUGAAGAGAAGAAGAAAGCUAAUUAUUCUCCACCAAAGACAACGCAGAUCCAGACCUCCAUCCAGCUGUUACCUCUGACUCUCAGUUCAGCCCCUCCACCCUCCAUACCAACCUACCAGCAGCUUGCAUCCUCCACUUCAAGCUUCCUACCUUCUUUCCUCAACGAUCAUGACUACACCUCUUUUAAUCUCCACCUGAGUCCUCUAGACUCAAACUCGAUUCAACUGACCCCUGACUCCGCCCCUAAUGCGCCUCACAAAGCCCCACCCUGCAGGAGGAAACGGUGGAAGGGGAAGGAGCAGCCGGAGCAAUGUGUGGGUGGGACAGGUGAGGCGGGGGGCGGGGCAGGUCCAGGUGUGAUCGAGAAAGGAAAGAGGGUUCGGAACCGGACUCAGAGGGCCAGAGCUCCACAGGAAGCCACUCAGGCCAAGGCUGAAGCCAAGAAGAAGAGAACUUCUUCUCCUCUUAAGAAGCGCUCUCGCUCAUCUUUCCCUAAAAAGGAAGUUGUCAUACGGAAUCAGCCAAUGACUGGUCUUCCUGGGUUCUGUUUACUUCCUGGCCAGUCGGUGUGGGCCAUGACUCCUGGUGGGCUGGUCCAGCUGGCAGAAGCCCCACCCCAAGGCCUGCAGCUGACAUUGGUACCAAGCACCCCCCUUCCAGCUGAACCGGUAAAUAUUUUGAACAGUCAGCUGGUCAGACUCCCCCCCCGCCCUCCCACCGCUGUGUCUGUCCCCGUACACCCCUUUACUACCCUGCCCAUCCUGCAACCUGGCUCAAACCCCGGCCCCUCCCCCCUGCCCUCUUGCCCCCCUCAGCCUCAGCCCAGACUCUUCAUGCCAUAUAAGGGCACGGUGCGGGUGGAGCCGGCGGCGCCCCCCUUGUUACAGUUCGACCCCUCCCUGAUGUUCCGGGAGUCCCAGGAAGCAGUGUGUGAUUGGCUGAGCGGUCGGGGAGGGGUGGUGGUACCUGGAAUAGCCGCGUCGCUUCCUUACCUGCCGCCCUUCGUCAGCAGCCUGAACACGCUCAGUGCGCUUCUCCGGUCCAAGAUGUCUCUGACCAAAUCCUCCCUGAAGCUGCUGUGUCGAGGGUCCGAACCCCAACGGCCACCAACCAAACCCAAACCACACAGCAGCCCAAAGAGGACUUACAGUCAGCUUCCAGACUUGCCAGACUCCACCUCUGAUGUUGGACCUGACACGCCAGUUCCCUCCGUCAGCCCUGACCUCCUGCUGGAGGAAGAGGAACUCGUGGAGGUGUUACGUCAGCUUGUGGCAGAGCGUUUCUCAGGUAACCCCGCCUACCAGCUGCUGAAAGCCCGCUUCCUGUCCUGCUUUACUGUCCCCGCACUCCUGGCCACCGUGCAGCCAAUCAGAACGAAGACUGAGGAGGAGGAGGAGGAGGAGGAGGAGGAGGAGGAGGAGGAGCUGAAGAAGAUCAAAGAUAGAGGCAGGCAGAGGAGAGCCGAGAGAUCUUUGCUGCUGUGUGAUGGGUCCGGAGCACCAGCCAAUCACUUCUCAGGGAUCCCCAGCACUGGAGCCCCCCUGUCCCAUUAACCACAGGUCACAUAUUCAGUUUCUCAGCUUCUUAGCUUAGCUUCUUAGUGGUCCUCGUUCAAACUAAAGUUUACAAGAAGAAAACACUGCUGUGACCUCUGUGGUGCGUUCAGGAACCUCAGAAGAAGUGGUAAAAUUGCACUAAAAUGUUUGUUGUUAUUUUUGGUUGUCUUGUUUAUUUUUUUAUUUAGCUUCUGUAAAGAAAAUGUUCUGUAAGUAUGAGAGUAUUCAUUUGUAAUAAAGAGAACAAUUAUGUGAAAUAAA